AUGGGCGAUCCGCCGAAGCCAUCCAAUAGCAACAGCCGCUCCCAGCAAGCAGCCAUGUAUUCACGCAACGCAUACAACACGGCCAGUACGUCUCCGCCAACGCCAUCUUUCAGAUCGGACAUCUUUGGUCCGCCAUCCACCACCGGUGGUACCGCGCAGAUCUAUGCCACUUCACCCACGGCUGAACGACAUCCCUUGGAUCGCAAAGGUGGUAACCUGCCCGCACUUGUGCCCAGUGCCUCCGACCCGGUCAGCUUUGGAGUGGAAUUACGCCAUGCCCCUGCAGUAUUGAUUCGCAGACUGCCACCAACGAUCGAUUCUGCAGCACUCAAUAGCAUGCUACUCUUUGCAGAAGAGCUUCUUCAAGCAGACUUCACCCACUCGCCAUAUCCAGACGACAACGGUUACGCUACGGCCAUUGCAUACUUCGAGUCUCCAGCAGGUGCGUUGGAUGCGCAGCAGAAACUGCACGGCAAGCCGAACGCGACCAAGGAGGCGAACAUGAUCGUAUCGGCACACAACGCCAGUGCAAUGGGCGCCUUUGAGCGGCGCAACACCAUUGAUGGCCUCACAUCACGCACGCAGACUAGCUCUACGUCGUCUGCUAGCUCAGGAAAUGGACCGCCGGGAAGGUCGAGGUUCAACAGUGCACUCCAGCCCGGCGACAAGAUCUCACCAUCUCUGCCAACGCCGAAUUCUGGAGCCACUGGCGACUUUCCACUACCUGAGAACAGUGCGCACUAUCAAAACCUGUUCUCUCCCCAGUCACCACUCGCGAAUGGCGUCAAUGGAACCCACCGUGUGAGCGGCAAGUCGAUGAUCAACGACGACAACGGUGAUGACGAGACCGGCGAACUACUCAAAGAUCCGGUGGCUUAUGCCAAGAGUGGCCAGCAGCCUGCCGGACGCAGAGUCACCAGCCCAUCGACCCCGGUGGGUCGCUUUGGCAGCCUCUCCUUGGGCGGUGCCUCAAGCGGCGUCCACCAUCUUGGAAGUCCUGUUGCAAAUGGCUACAAUUCGCCCAGACCGAACCCUAUGCAAGGCCAAGGGCCUGCAGUGCACCCCACCAACGAACAGAGUGCAGGCCAACUUAGCUCAUACAUGUCAAACUACCCGAAGGUGCAGUAUCCGCCUGUCAAUCCUGCCGACCAGAACCCGCCUUGCAACACGCUCUACGUGGGCAAUCUUCCAAUAGACACAUCCGAGGAUGAGCUGAAGACAUUGUUCACAAAGCAGCGUGGAUACAGAAGACUCUGCUUCAGGACUAAGCAGAAUGGGCCAAUGUGCUUCGUCGAAUUCGAAGAUGUCUCCUUUGCAACAAAGGCUCUCAACGACCUAUACGGGCACCCAUUGCACAACAGCGUGAAAGGGGGGAUUCGAUUGAGCUUCUCGAAGAACCCUCUGGGUGUUCGCGCAGGGCAGACGAAUGGCCUAGGGCCAAACGCCGUUAUGUCGCCUCAAGCCAUGUCUCCUGGGUUCGGAGGAAUGAGCGCUGUCUCUGGCCCUCCACCAGGCCUCGGCUCUCCGUCCAACUUCAUCAACGGCAACGGUGCCGUUCAGUAUCGCUCGCCUCCGACAGGCGCCAUGGACAGCAUGUUCAGUAACCCAUUCAGUGCGCCAUCGGCCGACUACAUGGCCCAGAUGGCUCCUAGGGGCAAUUUUUCAGGGGGUGUACCCCCGUCCCUAGGCAAUGGUACAUUUGGCAAAGACAGCCGCAGGAGCUACUCUACUAGCCAGCAGGAACAAUACCAGAACGGGCAGAACUAUGCUCAGACGAACGGACAGGACCAUCGGAACGAGCACCACUACAGUCGAACGAACUCAGAUUUUCAAAACGGACAGCACACGCAAUCGAACGACUCCUUUUAUCAGAACGGCAACAACCAAUUGAACGGUUGUAACUACCACAACUGCCAGAACGGCCGUUAG